UCGGCCAUGUCUCACGACAAUGCCACGCUAUUUUUAUUUAUUGUGUUUACUACUUGCCAUGAAUGGGGCAUUUUGUUAUGAUUAUAUAUCUGAUAGAAACUCGCAGAACAAUCACGGGAGACGAUUAAGCAAAAAGUUUAGGAACCAAAAGGCAGGUGACAAGCGAUUCGUUCACAAAAAUCGUCCGGAAUAUGAAAUGGCUGAAGAAAAAGAGCCCUUGGCACAAAUCGACGUAGCCAGCUUUAUACAGAAGCCGGACGAGUAUUCCAUUGAUGAAAAUUUUCCUUAUGAACUUGAAAAUAAGGGAAGGAAUCCAAAGUUGAAGCACGAAAACGACUACGGAUCUUUAUUGGGAUAUAACUCGGAAGGGUACAUUAUGAAGAAUACCAACAGAGGCCCGUAUUAUUUGAACUCCAAUUCAGAUAGCUCGUUCGAUUUAGGCCCCAACCCACUUCGCAUAAAAGACCCGUUUAAUUCGCGUCAUUCGAAUUUAGAUUCUAUGUCGCUGUAUGGGCUGGGUAACGAAAAGUUUGCGAAGGAUUCGGAAAACAAGGCCUAUUCAAACAAUUACAAGAACGAUUUAUAUGAGACGAACUCUAAUCUCAUUCAUAAUCCUGAAAAGAAGUGCAUAAGGAAAUAUAUGAAGUUCCCGUUUUUUUCCCAUAAUAAAACCGCCACGACUAAACCCAAGAAAGAGAAGAAGAGAAAAGUAUUCUGCUUCAACUGCUCUAAGAAAGAAAAAUCAAAAGAUCAGAGUAAUGACCCUAAAGAAACAGGAAAGGAAUACAAUCUAGAAACACUUAACAAGAUUUCCAUGAACGACCCAUCUGACAAUUUAGAAAAUCUUAAAACUAAAUCAACUAGAGGCAAAAGAGAUGAACUAUCAGACGCUAGUGAUAGAGAAAGACAAUUGAAGGAACUUGAUGAGAUACAGAGAAAAGUAGACAAUUUGGAAAUUACGUCAUCAUCAUACCAAAAGGCUCCAUAA